UGCGAGGCCUACAAUUUCGACAUGGCGGAAACUUUUCCACGUGACUAUCACAACCAGGGUGGCGGCGGUGUGCGAUGUUUCGCUUUGAGGUUGAAACCGGGUGAAGAAAUUGUCAGCUCUCUGAGGCGUUUCGUGGAGUCGAUGAAGCUGAAAGCCGCGUUCGUGAUGACGUGCGUGGGCAGCGUGAAGAAAGCAAGCCUACGAAUGGCUCACGCAACAGCAACGCAAACGAACGAGGUGAUUCACCUGAAUGAUUGUCAUGAAAUUGUGUCUCUGGUUGGGACAUUGAAUGAUGGUGGCCAUCUGCAUGUUGCUCUAAGUGAUUGUGAGGGCAAGGUGGUAGGAGGCCAUGUACUUGGUGAUAUGAUCGUAUUUACUACGGCCGAACUGGUGAUUGGAGAAUGUGAAUCACUACGAUUCACGAGAGAAUUUGACGAGCAGACGGGAUUUAAAGAAUUAACCAUAACAAAGGAUGACGAUGGUAGCUAAUCAGGUGGCAAUUAACUCAAUAUGAUGUAUUGUAAGAACGGUCUUUGGCACAUAUCAUCUGCUAAGAGAAUUUCUUUCGUUGUAAUCCUUGUUUUCAUUACUCAAACCUCAUCUGUCUAUCUAGAUGCAGUCGUGUUAGUUAAUAAAAUAAUAAAAAAUAAAUCAU